AAACUGAAGUCACUCUUUCAGAAGAAGCAGAAGGAAACCAGCAAAGAGGAGAUCCUCCCGCAACAGCCGAAUGGCGAGAUUGUGAACACAGGAGGAGGGGUGGUCUAUUAUUACUACGAGGAUGAGGAUGAGGAGGAGGAGGAAGAGGAGAAAGAAGAGCUCCCCCAAGCAGAACCCCCCAAGCCCAUUAAUGACAAGCCCCACAAGUUCAAAGACCACUACUUCAAGAAGCCAAAGUUCUGUGAUGUGUGCGCACGGAUGAUUGUCCUGAAUAACAAGUUUGGCUUGAGAUGCAAAAAUUGCAAAACCAACAUCCAUCAUCACUGUCAGUCUUACGUGGAGUUCCAGAGAUGCUUCGGCAAGAUCCCCCCUGGUUUCCGCCGAGCAUACAGCUCUCCCCUCUACAGCAACCAGCAGUUCGCCUGUAUCAAGGAGCUUCUCCCCUUUUCUGUUGCAAACCGGUCGGACCCCGUUUACGAGACCCUCAGGACAGGAGUAGUGAUGGCAAACCGCGAGAGGAAGAAGAACUCGGAGGACAAAAAGAACCCUGCGCAAAUGGUUGAUGAAGAACUUGAUAGUUCCAAGCCCGGGGAGGAGCACGGGUCCGGAGGUGGUGAGGCACCAGACAAAAAGGACAAGAAUAAUCCAGAUGAAGCAAAGAACAAAAAGCCACAGCCCGGAAUGCGAGGAGGUUUCUCUCAGACUCACUACUUUGUGGCAUUGUACAGAUACAAAGCCCAGGAGAAGGAUGACCUCGAUUUCCAUGCAGGUGACAGGGUGACUGUCUUUGAUGACUCCAAUGAGGAAUGGUGGAAGGGUAAAAUCGGAGAGAAGUCGGGCUACUUCCCGGCAAACUACAUCAUAAGAGUGCGUGCGGGAGAGCGCGUUCACAAGGUCAUCCGGUCAUUUGUUGGCAACAAGGAGAUGGGUCAGAUUACCCUGAAGAAGGAUCAGAUUGUCGUGCAGAAGGGAGAAGAGGUCAACGGCUACAUCAAGGUAUUCACAGGCCGGAAGGUGGGAAUGUUCCCCGUUGACUUCCUGGAGGAAAUCUGAGCACGUGCAAAAACCAGGAGAAAAAGCCUGGAGAUGGCUGUACCAAGUCCACACAAGUGCCCAACCUCUCCGCGUGUGAAGAAACUGUCUCCACCUCGUCCGUGUGGAGGAAACGUAUUUCAUGGUUGUGUCUGAGCCAGUGGGAGUGAAUCUUCUAGACAAAAAUGGAGGACUGUUGCUACGGAGAUCUAAGCAUACCUCAGUGUGUUAAGGAAACUUUAUUUUGAAGAUAAAAGGAUAGCUGAUUUUAUUUGUGUACUUAGGAUAGCACAAAUUUGCCAUCUUGUGUGAGACUUCAGUGCUAAUUUAUGCUUCUAUUUGCAGGAAUUUUGAUGAAAAUAUUUAUGAGGCAAGUGGUGACUGUAAAUUUGCAUAAUCCAUGCCCGUAACUUGAAGGGUUUCUGGAAUGCAUUCAUCAUUGUUACGAAAUGACAAGAUGAUGGAUUUUUCAAAUCGGGCUUAUUGACGAGGCCAGCGAGGGUGAUUAAACUAAGAAGUGCAAUGACAGGGCCCCAAGCCAGAGUUAAGACUGGAAUGAGGGUGAGAAGCUGAGUCUGUAGCCUUUACUGCCAAUGUAAGCUCUUGAAACUCUGCUGGGGCUUUCUCUACCCAAAGAGUUUCAUUUCCACUUAGACAAUCCUAAUGACUGAUGUGUAAUGGAUUUUUCCCCUUACCCCACGAAUAUGUUUCCCAAAAGAAAAUGAGGAGAGAGCUGCUGUAAUUAUUGCUUUGACAGCAAUAGUACUCUAUUAUCUGGGUGGGGUACUUAUCUGCAGCCACUGGUCAGUUGUGGGGACCUCAAUGAGUCCAUUUUGUAGCCUUUAGUACAAGCCAUUGAUCGAAUGACACAUUGAAGUAAAUGGAUACUAAGGUAUGACUAGCCUAAGCAUAUUUCAUUGUGAGCUAUUUCUGUGAAGGAGUAGAUAGGGAACUGGAGACAGGUCAGGAAUAUAGUGAGGGAGGAGUGUGACUAUUCAGAACUCUCUGUUGAUUUUUCGCGUGUGUGUGAGGGUGAGUGUGUGCGUGUGUGAUCCUUGAACACAUUUACUGUCAUUAACUACCAACAAUGACGCUUCAUUAUUUUACUGC